AUGGCGGUGGUCCAGCUCACCUCCGAAUCCCACUCUCAGAAAGUCCUAGACAGUCUUUAUCAGCUGAGGCUGCAGGGACACCUGAGUGACAUCACCGUACAGGUGGACUACCAGGGCCAAUCGAAAGCGUUCCAAGCUCACCGGGUGGUCCUCGCCGCUUCUAGCGGCUAUUUCAGUAACAUCUUCCUAUCCCAGGAUGGCAUCCCAGACCAAAUCCCGCUCUCCAACAUGCUACCGUGUGACUUUUUUGACUUUUUGGAGUUUGUGUACACGGGUAAGGUAGAGUUGGUCCAGACCAGAAUAGCUGAUGUGCAUGCAGCGGCCAAGCUUUUGGACUGCAAGGAGCUGGCCAGGGUUUGCAUCGAGAAUGACGUGUUUGGGUCAGAUGUGGUAGUGGAGUCAUCAAUAGAGACCGAGACAGGUACAGAGAGGUCGUCAAAGAGGUCUAAGAGGAAGACCAGCAAGGUCAAACUGAGCUUGGGUGGCCGCAGAGUCCUUCAGAAGUGUUUCCAAACAGAAGGCGAGGCAUUUAAUGCUGAAGAGGAUGACGCAAACGAGUGCUCACCCAUUUCUUCUGACUUUGAUGAGGAAACUCUGAGUCCGCUGCUGUGCUCUGCGAGUGAGGACGAGGAAGGCACGAUCUCAAAGAGGUCCUCCAAAGGGAAGUUCAGUUGCAAUGACUGCCAGAGGAUCUUCCAAUAUGAGAAGAGCUAUUUAAAACACAAAAGCACCCGCCACGGAAUCCAAGCCGACCUACUAUACCGUUGCAAAACCUGUGAGAAGACUUUCUCCAACCGCAGCAACCUGAGGAUUCACGAGAAGCAUGUACACAGCAAUGAACGGCUCUUCACCUGCGAGGUUUGCAACAAGAACUUCAAGCGCAAAAAGGACGUGGUGCGCCACCAUAAACAGGUGCAUGAAACGCAUCUGCACGAGUGUUCCGAAUGCGGCAAGCUGUUGAGCUCCAAGGGGUCACUGGUGUUACACAAGCGGACGCAUAGCGGCAUCAAGGCCUACGUCUGCUCCGAAUGUGGCGCACGUUUCACCCAGAAAUCGGCCCUCAACAUGCACCACAGGAUCCACACAGGCGAGAAGCCCUACGCCUGUGACGAGUGCGACUCCCGCUUCACCCAGAAAAGCAUGCUGGCCUAUCACAAGCGCUCCCACACGGGUGAGAAGCCCUUCAUGUGCGAGGCAUGCGGGAAGAGCUUCGCUUCAAAGGAAUAUUUGAGGUACCACGCCAACAUCCACACCGGAUCUAAGCCAUUCAAGUGCGAUCAGUGUGGGCGCGGCUUCGCCCAGAGGAACUCACUGCGGCAGCAUAUGAACGUGCACACGGGCGCACGCCCCUACGGCUGCAAGUUCUGCGAAAAACAUUUCACGCAGCUCAACGCCCUCCAGCGGCACCAGCGGAUUCACACCGGCGAGAAGCCCUACAUGUGCGGCUUGUGCCAUCGCACUUUCACUGAUCAGUCUACGCUUCGAAGGCAUACCACGACUCACGACGCCAACGCUCCAUGGAAGAACUACCUGGUGGUUCUGCAGGACAACGUGGAAGAAAAGAAAUCCAAAGAAGAAAGGAAGGCAGCGGCUCAAGAGAGAAAAAGGGUCGCCCAGAAAGCACGUAAAAGCAACGCUGCCACUGCCGCCCUCGGGUUGGACGCCAAGCAGGUCACCCUGCCACCAGAGUGGGUCGGGCCGGGGGGCAUUACCCUGGUUGGUCACGGUAACGUGGGCGGGAUCACCCUCAUCCAGACUGAGAAUCUACCCGAAGGUCAGGCGGAGACUGAGGAUGACGGCGGCACAGUCACUUUGGACGGACACUUCGCCGUUCCCGGGGAGGCCAACCCUUCCGAGAUUACCCGUUCGCUACCCACGGAUACCCCCGCCGUGUCCUCCCUGCUGGAGCAGGCUGUCUCGCAAACUAUUCUGGCUCCCGAGGGGGUAACGGAGCAGCCCGACAUUCUGACGGUGGUUGUGUCUGAGAAGAUGUGCAAGGAGGAGCAGCUAAAGCAAAAAAUGAUCGAGAAAAUAGGAGAUAAACAAAACACCAAUCCCUAA